AUGCAACCCCUCUCACGCGCCGUCCUUUCACCAUCCCGUUCUCCAAUCCUCUUCUCAUCGCAUUCUCCCUUCCGCAUCUCCUCCCGUCCCCUCCUCAUCAUUUCCUCUCGUUUCCCCUUCCCCUUCUUCUCCCGUCCGUCCAUCCUCAUCUCCUCCCCUUCUCCCUUCCGCAUCUCCUGCCCUCUUCCCCUCCUCGUUUCCUCCCGUAUUCCCUUCCCCUUCUCCUCCCGUCCACCCAUCCUGAUCCCAUCCCAUUCUCCCGUCCGCCCAACUCUCUUUCCCCCUGCUCAUUCUCUUUCCCCCUGCUCAAUCUCUUUCCCCCUGCCCACUCUCUUUCCUCCUGCUCACUCUCUUUCCCCCCUCCUCACUCUCAUUACCUCUGCUCGCUCUCUUCCCCCCUGCUCGCUCUCUUCCCCCCUGCCCGUUCUCUUACCCCUGCUCACUCUCUUUCCCCCUGCUCGUUCUCUUUCCCCCUCCCUUCUCACUCUCCUCCCCCCUGCUCACUCUUUCCCUCUGCUCACUCUCAUUCCCCCUUGCUCGAUCUCUCCCCGCCUGCUCACUCCGUCUUCACAGCCAGGCUCUUCACAGCCAGGCUCGUCACAGCCAGGCUCGUCACAGCCAGGGUCCCUGCCUCUAGUUGACAUGCAAGCUUCAGCCUGGGUCGGACCGACUGGCACACCAGUGACCUGUGAGAUGAGUCUUCUUUGCCACGAUGAGACCACACAGUUCGAAUACAGUUACGUGCCUGGCAAUGGCAAUUCUGCUGUAUUUCGCACCCCCAUCCCCAUCAGCAGUCAAUUGCCGCCAUCGCACCCCGUCGGCUCUUUUGCCAACCCUCCACGCCCAAUCUUUGCCGAACCUCCACGCCCAACCUUUGCCGAACCUCCACGCCCACCCUUUGCUGAACCUCCACGCCCACCCUUUGCCAACCCUCCACCACCACCCUUUACCAACCCUCCACGACCACCCUUCGCCGAACCUCCACGCCCACCCUUUGCCAACCCUCCACGCCCACCCUUUACCGACCGACCACCCUUCGCCGAACCUCCACGCCCACCCUUUGCCAACCCUCCACGCCCAACCUUUCCCAACCCUCCACGCCCACCCUUCACCGACCCUCCAUGCCCACCCUUUACCGACCCUCCACGCCCACCUCUGCUAACUAAUGGCUCCAUUGCUGACCAUCCACGCCCUCCUGCGCUGCCCAACGGCUCUAUUCCCAGCGAGCCCCCCAGUGCAAGCAGAGGCCCAUCUAGAACCAACCCAAUGUGGAACGACGACCUCACAGCAGACCUCCUCCGCUGUGUCAUAGCGGCCAUGAGGGAUGCAGGCAGGGCUACCUUUGCCAAAGUGCAGUGCUGGGACGCUGUGUUCGCCCGAUGGAAUGCUCAGCAUGCCGACUUGUGCUUCACGGAAGCACAGCUGCGAAACCGGCUCCAAUUGGUGAAGAUGUGGGUGAAAGACAUUAGGCAACUCAAGUCAAGGGUCCGCCCGGGAGUGAAUUGGGACCCCGCUACCGAUCACUUCGACCCGCAUAGCAUGGUUCGUGAUACUGAUAAUAUCACCAAGGACGGUAAAUGGGAUGAUUAUAAACGGUGGGUCUACCGCACCGCACCGUGGCUUAGCCUUGGCGAGCAGGUUGUACCCAAAUCCAGGUUGCGUGGCAGCAGCUACGCAUUCGCGACAACAGGGGAUGGCGACAGGUACUACUCAGACGGCCCAGGUGGAGACGAUCUCUCGAGUGGGGAUGAAGUGGCGGAUGCAGCGCAUAAUAGAGGUCGGCAGCGUCGCCGCCUGGGACUUGAGCAGAGCAGUCCUCACCCGUCUGUGCCUGCGAGUGCCCCGGGAUCCCAUCUGCCUGCAUCUGCAUCCCUCGCACCUGCAGCAUCCCCAGUUCCCCCACACGCUGCAUCCCCACCCCCCGCUCCUGCUGCAGGCCCCACUACCGCACCCGCUGCACUCCCGUCCAUUGCAAGUAGAGGCCCAGCUAGAACCACCGCCACUGGCACAAGGUCAAUCCCAAUGUGGACUGAUCACCUUACAGCCGACCUCCUCCGCUGCGUUAUUGCGGCCAUGCGGGAUGCAGGCAGGGCGCCCUUUGCCAAAGUGCAGUGCUGGGACGCCGUGUUCGCCGGAUGGAAUGCUCAGCAUGCCGAGUUAAACUUCACAACGGAGCAGCUGCGAAACCGGCUCAACACGGUGAAGGCGUGGGUGAAAGACAUCAGGCAACUCCAGUCGUGGGUUCGAGAAGGUGUGAACUGGGACCCUGCACGCAACUUCUUCAACCCGAGUAUCAUGAGAGCGGUUAGAUAUUCUUUUUACACACCCUCUCCUCCCCAUUCCCAUAUCAUGCAGGUUCGUGAUGUCGAUAUCCCUCCGCCCACGCAUGCACGACAGGCGAUGGCGACAGCCCCCCCACGCGCGAACACCUACGAGCUUGAGUUGCUGGGCAAUGGCUCGACAGGGAGGGGCGGUGCCGCACUCGCAGGCACGGGCACGGGCACGGGCACAGGUACAGGCACGGGCACAGGCACGGGCACAGGUACAGGCGCGGGCACAGGCACAGGUGCAGGCACGGGCACAGGCACGGGCGCAGACACGGAGUUGCAUGAACGGCGGGAGCGGUGGGAACAGGCAUUGCAAAGUGGCAAGUGGCGGGCGAUGUGGGAUGACGAGCAGACAACAGCUCUUUUGGAGAUCAUGCGCGAUGUGCUGCGUGCUCAGGGCAGCGCCCUCCCCGGCCGGAUCAAGGACUGGGGGGCGGUGCACCGCGAGUGGUUGCGGCGGGGGUUACCGCGGUACUCAAAGAAGCAGCUGAGGAUUCGGUGCAGUUCGGUGCGCGGGUGGGUGAAGGAUAUCCAGUUUCUGCAGGAGCUGCUGCCGCCUGAAGUCACCUGGGACCCCACCACUCAGUGCUUCAACGCCGACCCUGAGCUGGGCAUCAGCCUGUGGCUGAAGCAACAUGGGCGGUGGGAGCACUACAGGCGGUGGUGCACGCACACGGCGCCCUGGCUGCCGCUCGCGCUGCUCAACGUACACACUUGCCCUGCUGAGGUGGAGUGGGAGGAGGACGAGGAGUGGGAGGAGGACGAGGAGGAGGAGGAUUGGGGAGAAGGGGAGGGAGAGGAGGAUGGGGAAGAGGAGGAAGAUGAUGUGGUUGAGGUGCAGGCAGGUGGGGAGGGGAAUGGGGAUGCGGAGGAUGAGGUAGAGGAGGGGGAGCGGGGAGAGGGAUGGGGCGAUGGGAGCCGACUGCGGCGAGUGGCGGGGAGGUAUAGGCGUGGAUCAGGGAGGAUUGUGAGGCGGCGGAGAGACAGAGAGGGGGUGGAGGCACGGGGAGCAAGUGGAGAGCGGUGGCGGGGUGGAGAGUUGGAUGGUGAUGAGUGGUUGGGGACGUGGAGGAUGGAUGCGUUUCAACAGGCUGCACAGGGAGGGGCCAUGAGGAGCAGAGAGGGACAAGAGGGUGUGGAAGAGAGAGGGGUUGGGAAUGUUGGGGUCGACCGUGCAGCUGACGCUCCUCGGGUCAAUGGUGUUCCGCGUGCUGAGGUGGUACGUAACAAUGUCACCUUUGCUGAUGUGGCUCGUGCUGCUGACGUGGCUCGAGCUGACGUGGCGUGUGCUGAUGUGGCUCGUGUGGACGCGGUAGCUGACAGUGUGUUCAAGUCCGUGCAGGACGUGCAGGCCCUCCCCUCGCUGACGGACGCGCAGCGCGUGGCGGCCAUCGACGCCUUCCUGCAGCGCCCCCUCGACGCCCACGCCUUCCAGGCCAUGAGCCCCGCCCUGCAGACCCUCUUCGCCCGCCGCGCCCACGCCCAAGCCGUUGACCGCCAGCUCGCCGGGAUUCAAGCUGCUGCUGCUGCUGGGGGGGGGAAUGCGCCCCUCACAGACCAGCAGCUUGGGGGGCUGCCAGGUGUGGCUGGGGAUGCUGGUGUGGUGGGGGGGACUGCGGGGGUGGGAACGGCGGGGUUGGGAACGGUGGGGGUGGGAACGGCAACGGCGGGGGUGGGGAUGGCGGGGGUGGGAACGGCGGGGAUGGGGACGGUGGGGGUGGGAACGGUGGGGUUGGGCAUGGGGAGUACAGGAAUGGGGGCAAUGGGAAGAGGGGGGACGAGCAUGGUGGGAACGAUAACAGGGGGAACAUGGAUGGGGGAAACAGGAUUCGGUUCGAGGGGAUUGGGGACGGUGGGGCAAACGGGGGCAGUGGGAAGGAUGGCAGGAGGUGGGGGUGUGGCAGGAGGUGGGGGUGUGGCAGGAGGUGGGGGUGUGGGUGUGGGAACGGCAGCAGCAGACACUGCAGGUACUGCAGGUGAAGGGAGGGACGUACAAGGUGUGGGAGGGAUGGGAGGGGGAGUAGGGGAAACCGGGGCGGCAGCAGGGGCAAGAGGAGCAGGAGGGGCGGGCGGCACACAAGGGGCGGGCGGCAUGGCAGGGCUGCAGCUGCUGGGGCCUCGCGUGCAGGAGUUGAUGCAGGAGUUGGUUCGAGAGAUCCUGGGAGCAGUCAAUGCGAGUCAACAGAUGGCCAGCACCGGUCAACAGGCAGUCAAUGCUGGUCAAGGGGCGGUCAAUGCAGGGCACACGAGGUCAACUGGCAAUCCAGUGGUGGUCAACGGGAAUCGAUGCGAGUGCCAUGAGUGUGUGGCUGCUAGAUUGGCGAUCAGAACACGUGAAGGCGCAGUCAAUGCGGGUCAAGAUGGAGUCAAUGCGAGUCAACCAGUGGUCAAUGCGGAUCCAAGGAGGGAAGUGGUAGCGAAUCAAGUGGAGGCAGCUGUCGGCCAAUCAGGGUUAGGUGCAGGUCGUGUGGGGACGGCUGCUGUGCUAGAGACAAGGAAUGCUGGUCAAGCACCAGUCAAUGCGGGUCAAGCAGCAGUCAACGCCAGUCAAGCACGAGUCAACGCUGGUCAAGCACGAUUAAACACUGGUCACACAACAGUCAACGCCAGCCAAGCACGAGUCAACACUGGUCACGCAGCAGCCAACGCGGGUCAAGCACGAGUCAAUGAUGGUCAAGCACCAGUCAACGUGGGUCAAGCAGCAGUCAACGCUGGUCAAGCACGAGUCAACGCUGGUCUAGCACGAUUAAACACUGGUCACACAACAGUCAACGCCAGCCAAGCACGAGUCAACACUGGUCACGCAGCAGCCAACGCGGGUCAAGCACGAGUCAACGAUGGUCAAGCACCAGUCAACGCGGGUCAAGCAGUAGUCAACGCUGGUCAAGCACGAGUCAACGAUGGUCUAGCACGAUUAAACACUGGUCGCACAACAGUCAAUGCCGGUCAAGCACGAGUCAACGCUGGUCAAUCACGAAUUAAUGCUGGCCAAGCACGAGUCAAUGCUGGUCAUGCAGCAGUCAACCCUGGUCACGCAGCAGCCAACGCCAGUCAAGAACGAGUCAACGCUGGUCAAGCAACAUUCAAUGUUGUUCAAGCACCAGUCAACGCUGGUCACGCACCAUUCACUGCUGGUCAAGCACUGGUCAACGCUGGUCAACCACCAUUCAACGCGUUUCAAGCACUGGUCAACGCUGGUCAAUCACCAUUCGCUGCUGGUCAAGCACCAGUCAACGCUGGUCAAGCACCAUUCACUGUUGGUCAAGCACUGGCCAACGCUGGUCAAGCACCAGUCAACGCUGGUCAAGCACCAGUCAAUGCUGGUCAAGCACUAUUCAACGCUGGUCUAUGGGCUGCUAGUGCAGGUGUAGGGGUGGGCCAAGGCAGAGCAGAGGGAGGAGGGGGAGGAGGGGGAGAUGGGGUAUGGAGGGACGCAGCGAUCCUACGGCUGCUGCUGAAGCUGCUGCAAGGCCAGGCGAAGGAAACAGGUGGGGCUGUGGCGCGGGGACAGGGGGAGAAUGGCGGGCAAAGAGGGGAGCAGGGAGGGCAGCAGCGAGGGGAGCAGGGAGGGCAGCAGCGAGGGGAGCAGGGAGGGGAGCAGGGAGGGGAGCAGGGAGGGUUAGGUGCUGGUGGUGUGGGAGCAGCUGCUGUGCUGCAGACAAGAUAUGCUGGUCAAGCACCAGUCAACGCUGGUCAAGCACCAGUCAACGCUGGUCAAGCACCAGUCAACGCUGGUCAAGCACCAGUCAACGCUGGUCAAGCACCAGUCAACGCUGGUCAAGCACCAGUCAACGCUGGUCAAGCACCAGUCAACGCUGGUCAAGCACCAGUCAACGCUGGUCAAGCACCAGUCAACGUUGGUCAAGCACCAGUCAACGCUAGUCAAGCACCAGUCAACGUUGGUCAAGCACCAGUCAACGUUGGUCAAGCACCAGUCAACGUUGGUCAAGCACCAGUCAACGUUGGUCAAGCACCAGUCAACCUUGGUCAAGCACCAGUCAACGCUGGUCAAGCACCAGUCAACGCUGGUCAAGCACCAGUCAACGCUGGUCAAGCACCAGUCAACGCUGGUCAAGCACCAGUCAACGCUGGUCAAGCACCAGUCAACGCUGGUCAAGCACCAGUCAACGCUGGUCAAGCACCAGUCAACGCUGGUCAAGCACCAGUCAACGCUGGUCAAGCACCAGUCAACGCUGGUCAAGCACCAGUCAACGCUGGUCAAGCACCAGUCAACGCUGGUCAAGCACCAGUCAACGCUGGUCAAGCACCAGUCAACGCUGGUCAAGCACCAGUCAACGCUGGUCAAGCACCAGUCAACGUUGGUCAAGCACCAGUCAACGUUGGUCAAGCACCAGUCAACACUUGUCAAGCACCAGUCAACGUUGGUCAAGCACCAGUCAACGUUGGUCAAGCACCAGUCAACGUUGGUCUAUGGGCUGCUAGGGACAGGGGACAGGGAGGGGAACAGGGAGGGGGACGGGUAGAGGGGCAGGGAGGGGGACAGGGAGGUGGGCAGGGAGGGGGACAGGAAGGGGGGCAGGGAAUGGGGCAGGGAGGGGGGCAAGAAGGGAAUCAGGGAGUGGAGCAGGGAGUGGGGACGGUCAGCUUGCCGGGGGAAAGCGCCAGUGGAGGGGGGCACUUCACGCUGUCACACCGCUGUGUGGCGGACGGGCCGGCAGGGCAGUGCAGCCUGUGCAGCAUCGUUGCCAAUUUUGCCAAAAUGGUGGCCGCGCAGGGUGGGCUGGGGGGCGCGCAGGGUGGCCUGAUGGGGGUUGCUGCUGGGGGAGGAGUGCCCGCUGCAAGCGAUCUGAGGGGAAGUGGUGGUGGGGGAGAGGUGGCUGUGCCGAGUGAAGGAAGGGGGUGUGGUGGGGGAGAUGUACGCAGGUCGGGAGGACGAGGGGGGAGUGGUGGUGGAGGGGAGGAGGGGGUGGGCGGUGAGGUUGAAGGGGGGGAGACGGGAGAGGCGGGAGAGGGGAGAGAGGCGGGAGAGGGGAGAGAGGCGGGAGAGGGGAGAGAGACGGGAGAGGGGAGAGAGGUGAGGCCAGGGGGAUGUGGAAAGGGACGGGGGGCUGGAGAAAGAGGGGAGGGUGUAGAAGGAGGGGGGAAUGGGGGAGGGGGUGGUGGAGAGGAACAGAGGGUUGGAGGAGGGGAGGGUGGAGUGUUGGGCGGCACAGGUUGGUUGGGAGGCAUGGCAGGACUGCAGCUGCUUGGGCAUCGCGUGCAGGAGUUUGUCGGAAGAGAGAGCCUGGAAGCAGUCAAUGCGAGUCAACAGAUGGCCAGCACUGGUCAACAGGCAGUCAAUGCUGGUCAAGGGGCGGUGAACAUGCGCCAAUCAGCAGUGAAUCAAGGUCCAUGGGAAAAUGUGGGUGCAGGGCAAGGGGCAGUCAAUGCUGGUCAAGAAGCAGUCAACGCAGGUCAAUGGGCAGUGAACGCAGGUCACGCGGGGGUGGGCGGCAAUCCAGUGGUGGUCAACGGCAUUCAAUGCAAGUGCCGUGAGUGUCUGGUUGCUACAUUGGCGGCCAGAAUACGUGAAGGAGCUGUCAAUCUGAGUCAAGCAGCAGUUAAUCCAAGUCACGCAGAAGUCAAUCCAAUUCAAGCAGCAGUCUAUGUGGCGAGUCAACUAGUGGCCAAUGCGGAUCCAAGGAGGAGAGUGGCAGCGAAUCAGGUGGAGACAGCUGUCGGUCAACGAGGAUUUAAUGCAGGUCGUGCAGUCAAUGCUGGUCAAGCGCCAGUCCACGCUGGUCAAGCACCAGUCAACGUGGGUCAAGCACCAGUCAACGCUGGUCAAGCACCAGUCAACGCUGGUCAAGCACCAGUCAACGCUGGUCAAGCACCAGUCAACAUUGCGGGCAAAGAGUGGAGCAGGGAGGGCAGCAGGGCGAGGAGCAGGGAAGGAAGCAGGGAGGGUGGCAGGGAGGGGGGCAGGGAGGGGGACAGGGAGCGGGACAGGCAGGGAGCAGGGAGGGGAAGAGAGGAGCAGGGACGGGGCAGGGCGGGAGGGACGGGAGCAGGGACGGGAGCAGGGACGGGAGCAGGGACGGGAGCAGGGACGGGAGCAGGGACGGGAGCAGGGACGGGAGCAGGGACGGGAGCAGGGACGGGAGCAGGGACGGGAGCAGGGACGGGAGCAGGGACGGGAGCAGGGACGGGAGCAGGGACGGGAGCAGGGACGGGAGCAGGGACGGGAGCAGGGACGGGAGCAGGGACGGGAGCAGGGACGGGAGCAGGGACGGGAGCAGGGACGGGAGCAGGGACGGGAGCAGGGACGGGAGCAGGGACGGGAGCAGGGACGGGAGCAGGGACGGGAGCAGGGACGGGAGCAGGGACGGGAGCAGGGACGGGAGCAGGGACGGGAGCAGGGACGGGAGCAGGGACGGGAGCAGGGACGGGAGCAGGGACGGGAGCAGGGACGGGAGCAGGGACGGGAGCAGGGACGGGAGCAGGGACGGGAGCAGGGACGGGAGCAGGGACGGGAGCAGGGACGGGAGCAGGGACGGGAGCAGGGACGGGAGCAGGGACGGGAGCAGGGACGGGAGCAGGGACGGGAGCAGGGACGGGAGCAGGGACGGGAGCAGGGACGGGAGCAGGGACGGGAGCAGGGACGGGAGCAGGGACGGGAGCAGGGACGGGAGCAGGGACGGGAGCAGGGACGGGAGCAGGGACGGGAGCAGGGACGGGAGCAGGGACGGGAGCAGGGACGGGAGCAGGGACGGGAGCAGGGACGGGAGCAGGGACGGGAGCAGGGACGGGAGCAGGGACGGGAGCAGGGACGGGAGCAGGGACGGGAGCAGGGACGGGAGCAGGGACGGGAGCAGGGACGGGAGCAGGGACGGGAGCAGGGACGGGAGCAGGGACGGGAGCAGGGACGGGAGCAGGGACGGGAGCAGGGACGGGAGCAGGGACGGGAGCAGGGACGGGAGCAGGGACGGGAGCAGGGACGGGAGCAGGGACGGGAGCAGGGACGGGAGCAGGGACGGGAGCAGGGACGGGAGCAGGGACGGGAGCAGGGACGGGAGCAGGGACGGGAGCAGGGACGGGAGCAGGGACGGGAGCAGGGACGGGAGCAGGGACGGGAGCAGGGACGGGAGCAGGGACGGGAGCAGGGACGGGAGCAGGGACGGGAGCAGGGACGGGAGCAGGGACGGGAGCAGGGACGGGAGCAGGGACGGGAGCAGGGACGGGAGCAGGGACGGGAGCAGGGACGGGAGCAGGGACGGGAGCAGGGACGGGAGCAGGGACGGGAGCAGGGACGGGAGCAGGGACGGGAGCAGGGACGGGAGCAGGGACGGGAGCAGGGACGGGAGCAGGGACGGGAGCAGGGACGGGAGCAGGGACGGGAGCAGGGACGGGAGCAGGGACGGGAGCAGGGACGGGAGCAGGGACGGGAGCAGGGACGGGAGCAGGGACGGGAGCAGGGACGGGAGCAGGGACGGGAGCAGGGACGGGAGCAGGGACGGGAGCAGGGACGGGAGCAGGGACGGGAGCAGGGACGGGAGCAGGGACGGGAGCAGGGACGGGAGCAGGGACGGGAGCAGGGACGGGAGCAGGGACGGGAGCAGGGACGGGAGCAGGGACGGGAGCAGGGACGGGAGCAGGGACGGGAGCAGGGACGGGAGCAGGGACGGGAGCAGGGACGGGAGCAGGGACGGGAGCAGGGACGGGAGCAGGGACGGGAGCAGGGACGGGAGCAGGGACGGGAGCAGGGACGGGAGCAGGGACGGGAGCAGGGACGGGAGCAGGGACGGGAGCAGGGACGGGAGCAGGGACGGGAGCAGGGACGGGAGCAGGGACGGGAGCAGGGACGGGAGCAGGGACGGGAGCAGGGACGGGAGCAGGGACGGGAGCAGGGACGGGAGCAGGGACGGGAGCAGGGACGGGAGCAGGGACGGGAGCAGGGACGGGAGCAGGGACGGGAGCAGGGACGGGAGCAGGGACGGGAGCAGGGACGGGAGCAGGGACGGGAGCAGGGACGGGAGCAGGGACGGGAGCAGGGACGGGAGCAGGGACGGGAGCAGGGACGGGAGCAGGGACGGGAGCAGGGACGGGAGCAGGGACGGGAGCAGGGACGGGAGCAGGGACGGGAGCAGGGACGGGAGCAGGGACGGGAGCAGGGACGGGAGCAGGGACGGGAGCAGGGACGGGAGCAGGGACGGGAGCAGGGACGGGAGCAGGGACGGGAGCAGGGACGGGAGCAGGGACGGGAGCAGGGACGGGAGCAGGGACGGGAGCAGGGACGGGAGCAGGGACGGGAGCAGGGACGGGAGCAGGGACGGGAGCAGGGACGGGAGCAGGGACGGGAGCAGGGACGGGAGCAGGGACGGGAGCAGGGACGGGAGCAGGGACGGGAGCAGGGACGGGAGCAGGGACGGGAGCAGGGACGGGAGCAGGGACGGGAGCAGGGACGGGAGCAGGGACGGGAGCAGGGACGGGAGCAGGGACGGGAGCAGGGACGGGAGCAGGGACGGGAGCAGGGACGGGAGCAGGGACGGGAGCAGGGACGGGAGCAGGGACGGGAGCAGGGACGGGAGCAGGGACGGGAGCAGGGACGGGAGCAGGGACGGGAGCAGGGACGGGAGCAGGGACGGGAGCAGGGACGGGAGCAGGGACGGGAGCAGGGACGGGAGCAGGGACGGGAGCAGGGACGGGAGCAGGGACGGGAGCAGGGACGGGAGCAGGGACGGGAGCAGGGACGGGAGCAGGGACGGGAGCAGGGACGGGAGCAGGGACGGGAGCAGGGACGGGAGCAGGGACGGGAGCAGGGACGGGAGCAGGGACGGGAGCAGGGACGGGAGCAGGGACGGGAGCAGGGACGGGAGCAGGGACGGGAGCAGGGACGGGAGCAGGGACGGGAGCAGGGACGGGAGCAGGGACGGGAGCAGGGACGGGAGCAGGGACGGGAGCAGGGACGGGAGCAGGGACGGGAGCAGGGACGGGAGCAGGGACGGGAGCAGGGACGGGAGCAGGGACGGGAGCAGGGACGGGAGCAGGGACGGGAGCAGGGACGGGAGCAGGGACGGGAGCAGGGACGGGAGCAGGGACGGGAGCAGGGACGGGAGCAGGGACGGGAGCAGGGACGGGAGCAGGGACGGGAGCAGGGACGGGAGCAGGGACGGGAGCAGGGACGGGAGCAGGGACGGGAGCAGGGACGGGAGCAGGGACGGGAGCAGGGACGGGAGCAGGGACGGGAGCAGGGACGGGAGCAGGGACGGGAGCAGGGACGGGAGCAGGGACGGGAGCAGGGACGGGAGCAGGGACGGGAGCAGGGACGGGAGCAGGGACGGGAGCAGGGACGGGAGCAGGGACGGGAGCAGGGACGGGAGCAGGGACGGGAGCAGGGACGGGAGCAGGGACGGGAGCAGGGACGGGAGCAGGGACGGGAGCAGGGACGGGAGCAGGGACGGGAGCAGGGACGGGAGCAGGGACGGGAGCAGGGACGGGAGCAGGGACGGGAGCAGGGACGGGAGCAGGGACGGGAGCAGGGACGGGAGCAGGGACGGGAGCAGGGACGGGAGCAGGGACGGGAGCAGGGACGGGAGCAGGGACGGGAGCAGGGACGGGAGCAGGGACGGGAGCAGGGACGGGAGCAGGGACGGGAGCAGGGACGGGAGCAGGGACGGGAGCAGGGACGGGAGCAGGGACGGGAGCAGGGACGGGAGCAGGGACGGGAGCAGGGACGGGAGCAGGGACGGGAGCAGGGACGGGAGCAGGGACGGGAGCAGGGACGGGAGCAGGGACGGGAGCAGGGACGGGAGCAGGGACGGGAGCAGGGACGGGAGCAGGGACGGGAGCAGGGACGGGAGCAGGGACGGGAGCAGGGACGGGAGCAGGGACGGGAGCAGGGACGGGAGCAGGGACGGGAGCAGGGACGGGAGCAGGGACGGGAGCAGGGACGGGAGCAGGGACGGGAGCAGGGACGGGAGCAGGGACGGGAGCAGGGACGGGAGCAGGGACGGGAGCAGGGACGGGAGCAGGGACGGGAGCAGGGACGGGAGCAGGGACGGGAGCAGGGACGGGAGCAGGGACGGGAGCAGGGACGGGAGCAGGGACGGGAGCAGGGACGGGAGCAGGGACGGGAGCAGGGACGGGAGCAGGGACGGGAGCAGGGACGGGAGCAGGGACGGGAGCAGGGACGGGAGCAGGGACGGGAGCAGGGACGGGAGCAGGGACGGGAGCAGGGACGGGAGCAGGGACGGGAGCAGGGACGGGAGCAGGGACGGGAGCAGGGACGGGAGCAGGGACGGGAGCAGGGACGGGAGCAGGGACGGGAGCAGGGACGGGAGCAGGGACGGGAGCAGGGACGGGAGCAGGGACGGGAGCAGGGACGGGAGCAGGGACGGGAGCAGGGACGGGAGCAGGGACGGGAGCAGGGACGGGAGCAGGGACGGGAGCAGGGACGGGAGCAGGGACGGGAGCAGGGACGGGAGCAGGGACGGGAGCAGGGACGGGAGCAGGGACGGGAGCAGGGACGGGAGCAGGGACGGGAGCAGGGACGGGAGCAGGGACGGGAGCAGGGACGGGAGCAGGGACGGGAGCAGGGACGGGAGCAGGGACGGGAGCAGGGACGGGAGCAGGGACGGGAGCAGGGACGGGAGCAGGGACGGGAGCAGGGACGGGAGCAGGGACGGGAGCAGGGACGGGAGCAGGGACGGGAGCAGGGACGGGAGCAGGGACGGGAGCAGGGACGGGAGCAGGGACGGGAGCAGGGAGGGGGGGAGGGAGGGGAGCAGGGAGGGGAGAAGGGAGGGGAGCAGGGACGGGAGAAGGGAGGGGAGCAGGGACGGGAGCAGGGAGGGGAGCAGGGAGGGGGGCAGAGAGGGGAGAAGGGAGGGAAGCAGGGAGGGGAUGA